UUCGAUAACUCAUACCUAGCAGGUUUUCAUUGAGAGAUACAAGCACCGAACAGUUAAAAAAGAACAACAAAAGUUGAGAUUUGUUCUUGUCUCUCUUUGUUACUUCAUAAUCUCAUUUCUUAUGAACUUCUUUUAGUAAUCGUAAAAGAUAUAAAGUAACUACACAAAUGAUUCUAUUUCUUCAUGAUUGUUGUUUAUCAUCGUAAUAGAAACUCAUUUCCAGUAUCUCAAACUGAAGUACUAUGUGAAAAAUGUAAUCAUUGUUAAAUAUUAGCUUUUUAUUUCCUCUCUCUUGAUUUUCUCUUUUCAUAUCAUUCAACAAACUAAAAUAUAUCUGAAGUGAGACAAGUAAUAGAAUUUGAACAACCAAAUUACUUUUAAAAGAAAUAUUUUCAUUCCCUAUUCUGAUAAGAAUCAAAUAUUUUACUGUGUAUCUUUGUGUGGUAUCGGUUGAUCUUCCCUCUAUUAAAGAAAGAAAUAUCUACCGAAAUAGUUGGAAAAUAUUCUUUUGCGAUUUUACAGGAAAACGAGACUUUUUUCCAUUAAUUCUACAAAUAAUUCAGUUUCUCACAAGUUUUCAUAUCAUAAUACUUUAGUUUACUCUUUUAUUUCCAACAGUUAAGAUAGGAACCUAAUAUAUGAAGCUUACAAAAACUUUUUGACCUUUUCUAUCCAUCUACCACUGAAAGGGUAAGAAUAAAUUGAGCCAGCAAAAUAUGAAACAUACACAUAAAUACUAGAUUAUUUCUAGUGAUGAAAACGUUUCUUGUGACAUUUAUAAGCACUUUUGGUAAAGUUUUUUUUUACUUGAUCUAAGAAUAUUUUGUGUAUUAGCAGUUAACAAUCACAUACUCUCAGAAAAAAAAUGUAACUAACUGUUCGAUUUCUUUCUUUUUCAUAACAGCUUUUGAGUUACCAUGAAAACAUACUUAUUUGUGAAAUUCUCUCUUUCUCUUUUAGAAAGUACUCUUUCGCAAGAACGAAACUAUCAUCUAAUCAACUUUGUUCACAGUUAAUUUAAUACCACAAUAAAAUGCUAAUGUUCAAUUCAUCUACGACAAUUAUUAGCUUUUUAAUGCUUCUGAUGAUAUUUGUAGAUCGAAUCAUUGGUAAAAACUUCAUUUUUUUUCUCAUUCCGCAGUCAUCUCAUCAAUAUUUGUAUUAUCUGUGUUCGUUACAUCCUAAGAAUCAUUAAUGCUCAAGGACAAAAUCGAUUAAUCACUAAGGAUUAGGUUUUUGUUUUUAUAGUGAGAUGAUAUUCAACAGGUAGAGAUAUCAAUCUAGCAACCUUUACGAGUAAUCUCCCUUUAUGUCUUGUCUUUAGUUAGAAAACAAAUUUAAAUACCUAGGGCAGUCAAAAAGUAAUGACAAUAGUACGUUAUUUCCUUAUAAAAAAACUUUAAAAAUCUGUCUUUCUAUGUAGUCUGAUAGGGAAAGAGUGUUCUAUUUUUUCUAUGCUAUUUGAUUAUAUUUCAACUAAACUAAUAAUAAUAAAUUUUCGAUAAGAGUUUCUUCAUUACCACGUCUACUGGAUGAAAACAAAGGAGACGGAUUAGUUUCAGUCUCUUAAUACAUUGUAUCAACAAUAAAAAUAUAACAUAAAGCGCACCGUGAAAAGUUCUACAUUUUAUUAGAGACCAAUUAUUUUCUAGAUACAAUGUUUUGAGGGACCGAACUUUGGGCAUUUCGAAACUGCAUUUUAUGGUAUAUUUUAAUUGUUGAUACAAUGUUUUAACGGACUGGAAAUUGCAACGCAAACUUUCAUCCAGUAGACAUCGUAAUAAAAAAAAGUCUUACUCGAAAAUUUAUUAUCAUUAGAUUAGUCGAAGUAUAAUCAAAUAGCAUAGAACAAUAGAACACUCUUUUCUCUAUCAGUCUAUAUAGAAAAAACGAUUUUUAAAGCUUCUUAUAAGAAACUAAAGUACCAUUCUUACUGCUUUCUGACUGCCGUAUGUAAAUGAAAAUAAAUAAAUAAGACAGAUUUCAUCACUUGAAUCUUUUCUCUCGAGAUUUUUUUCUAAUUCUGUUUGUCAAAAGAAAAACAAUAUAUAUUCGCCAUAUUUAGAAGUGUAAAACUAACCAUUGGCAGUAUUCCAACUAAAAAGCACAAUAUUAUAUGAAAUAUUUAUUCUGUAAAAAUCAAUCUAAAACUCAAGAUGAAGACCUACUAUCUAUUUGAGUAUUAUGUUUUGUCAAGAGUAAUAAUUGCUCUCGAAAACCUUGGACAAAACAGAAAUAGAUCUUAGAUAAAAUAUUUCUGUUACAUCUCUACUGAUCCAAGUAGAUAAUUUAUUUCGUAUGAAAAAUAAAAUUCUUUGAGCAUGCACUUGUUCGCAUUAAAUAUACUUUGCAGAUAGACAAAACACUUGAAUAAAUUGACGAGCUAAGACAAGAAAAAUCCAAAUAUAUAGCAUAAUUAUUAACUAGUUUCUAAUGGUAAACUGAAUAAUUGCCAAAAACAAUAUUUCUAUUCAAAAACGUAUUUUAAGGUGUUGUAUAUUGUUUAUAUGUGCUUCAAUACUCAUAUUCGCACUAUAAAAGGAAAGAACGAGUUGAUGUUGACACUUUGAUCUAUGUUUAGCACAACAAAACCUGUCACCAUUUUCGCAUUGGGCACAGAACGCUACAACAGUUGCAGGGUCAGCAAAUGGAGCACCUGGAUCUUCUUUAUCUACUCUCAAUGGGAAUAUAGGAAUAAGGAUAACAAAUGAUGAUACUCUCUAUAUUGCUGAUUCUGAUAAUAGUCGUAUUGUUGUCACCCGACCAAAUUCAACUACAGCUGUAGCUAUUAUUCAGAAUGGAUCGGAUUCUAAUCCUCUAUUUGGUAUGCCUGGUGAUAUUUUUAUCACUGAAAAAUAUAUCUAUGUUGCAGACUUGGGGAAUUCCGAUGUGGUAAGAUUUUUCAAAAAUAGAACAAGUCCAGAGAUCAUUGCAGGAAUUAAAGGUCAAUAUGGAAAUUCAGAUAAUACGUCAACUAUCGGUUUUUGCUAUAGCAUUUUUGUCGACAAAAAUGAGAACUUGUAUGUUAGUGACUUUACUAACAACAGAGUGGUUCGUUACUCACCAAAUUCAUCAAGUGGUACGCCUGGUAUGAUAAUAGCUGGAAAUGGUACUUCUGGAAACGACAGCUCACAGUUAAAUAGCCCAUGGGGAAUAUUUGUCAAUGAAGUUGAAACAUUGUAUGUUGUGGAUUCUUUCAACCAUAGAGUUCAAAUAUGGAAUAAUGGAGCUUCUUUCGGUGUGACAGGGGCUGGUACUGGAGUUAAUGGUAAUAGUUUAUCCGAAUUAUCGUAUCCAUCAGCAAUUGUUGUUGAUCUGAAUGGAUAUAUGUAUAUAGUUGAUAAAGGAAAUAGUCGAAUUGUUCGAUGGGCACCGAAUUCGAAUACUGGUGAAUGUAUUGCGGCUUGUACGGGUAUUACUGAUAUUGGAAUAGAUAUUCUACAUUGGCCGAAUGCAUUGGCAUUUGAUAGCUAUGGAUCUCUUUUUAUUAGCGAUGGAAACAACAAUCGGGUCCAAAAGUUCGAGAUACUUGACGGUUUUAGUGAGUAA